AUGUCCAAAGCAACCAAAUCUAAGUGGGCUUGUAGUAAAUGCAAGUUCAAUGAUAAAACUCAACCACCAAUCAACGUAACACAGCAAAUAAAUCCAGUUUUCAAUAUCACAAACGAUGAUUUUAAUAAUCUAACUGAAACGGUAAAAUUUAUGAGUGCCAAGUUUGACAGCUUUGGUACACAAUUACAAGAAUUACUAUCUUCAGUGAAGCAAAUGAGAGAAGAAAACCAACUUUUAAAAGAGCAAAAUAAUAAGAAUAACAAUGAAAUUUUACUAUUGGUGAACCGUGUUAAUACGUUGGAACAAAAAGCUUUAGAAAAUUGUAUUGAAAUUGUUGGUGUACCGGAGAUCAAGGACGAAAACAGUGUUGAUACAGCAAAAAUAACCAUAUCAAAAUUGGGAGUGGAAACAACAGUUAAAAAUGCAUUUCGUGUUUCAUCAAAAGUCAUAAAUAAACCCAGGAAACUUGUAGCUGAGUUGAGCAGUCGCCAAUGCAGCAUCAAUAUCAUAAUCAACUUUAAAAAGGUAAAACCGAGAGGAAACACGUUUCACGAAAAAUGGGGAAUGGAAGCAAUUUAUAUAAAUAAUUAUCUUUCUGUAUUUAAUAGAAACUUGCUCUUGAAAACUAAGGCUUUUGCUCGAGAGGCCGGUUUUAAAUUUGUUUGGAUAAAAGACUCAAAAGUAUUUAUUAAAAAAAAUGAAGAUCAAAAAGCGAUUCUAAUCGAAAAUGAAACUUCUUUACACAAAUUAAAGUAA